AUGUCGUCAUCUAGACAAUUAAUAAGUUCAAUAACAAUUUAUCUUGGUCUACCUAUAUUUAUAUGUGGUACUUUAGGAAAUUUACUUAAUAUUCGUCUUCUUUGGCGAACUCGUCAUAAUCCAUGUGCAUUUCUAUUUUUGGCUUUAUCAUUUAUUAAUUGUUUUAUCUUAGUUUAUGGUUUAUUCACAAGAAUAUUAAAUGUUGGCUUUUAUUUUGAUUGGUCAAGUACAAAUAUUAUUUGGUGUAAAACUCGCACUGCUUUUAGUCAAGCUGGUUAUUAUAUUUCAUUCACAUGUACUUGCUUAGCAAGUAUUGAUCGAUUUCUUGUUAGUUGUUGUCAAGAAAAAUAUAGAAAAUUAAGUCGAUUAUCCAUAGCUAUAUGGGCAGUCAUUUUAACAAUUAUAUUUUGGUUAAGUCUUUCUAUUCCUCAUUUAGUAUAUCUCGAAUUAUUACCAAGUCCAAGUACAGGUUUAAUAUCUUGUUCACUUGGUCGAUAUGAUACUUUUUCUAAUUAUGUAAAAUAUUUUUCAUUUCCUGUUUAUUAUGGUUUAUUACCAAGUAUAAUUUUAACAAUAACAGGUCUAUUGACAUAUAGAAAUACAAAUAAAUUACAAAUAAUUCGUCAAAGACAAAUAUUUCAAAAACAAUUAACAUCAAUGAUGCUUAUACAAAUUCCAAUUAUACUUGUUUCAACAGUACCAUAUGUAAUAUUUACAGAAUAUUCAUUAUCUACUGCAUCAAUGACUAAAUCUGCUAAUCAAAAAGCUAUUGAACUUGUGAUAUCAAAUAUUGUUUGA